GAGCGCAUCCGCAAUGACGUCAUCGAGUGGCUCAAGUACCUCAAGAACAUCGGCUACGACGGCUGGCGCUUUGACUUUGUGCGCGGCUAUGGGGGCCAGUUCGUCAAGACAUACAUCGACGCCACGGUGCCCCAGAUGGCGUUUGGUGAGUACUGGGACGCCUGCGACUACAGCGAUGGCGUGCUCAACUACAACCAGGACGGCCACCGCCAGCGCACCAUCAACUGGUGCGACCAGACCGGGGGCACGGCCGCCGCCUUUGACUUCACAACCAAGGGCAUCCUGCAGGAGGCCCUGGGCCGCAAUGAGCUGUGGCGCCUCGUGGACUCCCAGGGCCGCCCCCCUGGCAUGGUCGGCAUGUG